GAUCGGAGAUGAAGAGGACGACUUGGUUGAUCGUCGUAACGAUCUUGCUGUCAGUGACGGCACGCAAUGCCCUCGCAGAACUUUAUACCGCUUUAGCGGAUAUGGAGGAGCUGCUCGAAACGGAAGCUGUGCUGAUUGACACUUUAAACGGAUACAUCACGGCGCAGGAGCAACGAUUGGCGACUCUGAGAAGAAACGUAGAGGAUUACGCGAGGGAGCACGAAGAGGCAUCCAGGAAUAUCCAGCAAUACCUAUCGAAUCCCAUAAACGCUUAUCUGCUGGUCAAACGGUUAACUACUGACUGGAAGAAGGUCGAGGAACUGAUAACCGAAGACGUCGGCAAGUCCUUCGUAGCAAACAUCACGAAUUCCAGGAGUGAUCUAAAAUUCCCGACCGACGAAGACCUCAAUGGUGCUGCAGUCGCUUUGAUGAGGCUACAGGACACAUAUAAGCUCGAAACCGCGCAAGUUGCGCGAGGCGUUCUAAACGGGGUGCAAUACAGCACCGGUCUGACCGCAAGCGAUUGCUUCGAGCUGGGUCGACAAUCUUAUCACAAUCGCGAUUAUUAUCACACGGUGUUAUGGAUGCAGGAGGCUAUGGAUCGUCUGCAGGAGGAGCAAAACGCUACCACCACUUCCAAGCCCGACAUCUUGGAAUAUCUGGCAUUUUCGACGUACAUGCAAGGUAAUGUCGCCCGCGCUUUGAGUAUGACAAACGAGCUGUUGGAAUUGGUCCCGACCCACGAGAGAGCAUUGGGAAACCGCGCGUAUUAUCAAAAGGAGAUUCAAAGCAAGGCCAGCCAGUCGAAGAAGAAACGAGGUGAGGAUGGGCAAGAUGACACAGCGAUACCUGAACAGAACUUCACUGUCGCCGAGGAAAGGGUGAAAACGUGGGAGGAAAUGACGGAGAGGGAGAGGUACGAAAUGCUUUGUCGUGGCGAAGUAUCUAUUCCACUAGAAGUGGAGAAGAAUCUCAAGUGCCGUUACGUUGACCGUGGAAUUCCAUUUCUGAAAAUCGCGCCGUUCAAGGAGGAGGAAGCGUAUCUAGAUCCGAGGAUAGUUGUUUAUCACAACGUAAUCUACGACGAAGAAAUUGAGACGAUCAAACGAAUGGCUCAACCUAGGUUUAAGCGCGCCACGGUACAAAAUUACAAGACUGGUGCCUUAGAGAUAGCGAAUUAUAGAAUCAGCAAAAGCGCGUGGCUUCAAGAACACGAGCAUAAGCACGUAGCAGCAGUAAGCAAACGCGUAGAACAUAUGACGAGUAUGUCUAUUGAGACUGCCGAGGAACUUCAAGUUGUCAAUUAUGGAAUCGGCGGUCACUACGAGCCGCAUUUCGAUUUUGCCAGGAAAGAAGAGACGAAUGCGUUCAAGAGUCUUGGGACGGGCAAUAGAAUCGCAACGGUUUUAUACUAUAUGAGCGAUGUCGAGCAAGGAGGGGGUACCGUAUUCACCGCCAUCAAUAUAUCGCUUUGGCCGAGGAAAGGUAGCGCAGCGUUUUGGUAUAAUCUUAAGCCUAACGGCGAGGGAGAUUUCAAAACCAGACACGCGGCUUGUCCAGUACUUACGGGAUCUAAAUGGGUGGCAAACAAAUGGCUGCAUGAAAGAGGUCAAGAAUUUCAUAGACCUUGCACACUGGAAAAUCAAGCGACGGAUGAAGUGGACGUCAGGCACUGAAGAAAAGGACGUCCUUCGACUGUAACAGAAAAUACG